CGCUGUUGACGUUUUAGCUCCGCCCCUGGCUGGAGCAAGCCGCGUCUGAAGGCUCCUCCUGUGUCAAUUUGACGCUCUGCGCUUGUCAUCCUCCCCACAGCAGCGCGAGCAGGAUGGAAGCCCUGCUAAAUGAGUGGCUGUGGCAGGACAGGUACUGGCUGCCCCCUGGCAUCCACUGGCAGGACAUGGAUACGAGUGAAGGUCACUAUCCGCUACCCAGAGAUCUCGUCUACGCCUUGCCGGUGGCCUUUGCUUUCAUUGCCUUGAGAUAUGUUUUUGAGAGGGUUGUGGCUGUCCCCUUAAGUAAACAUUUAGGUGUGAAGGACCGGAUUAGGAUUCAAGCCGCCCCUAUUGCAAAACUGGAGAACUUCUACAAACAGAACAACCGUCAGCCGUCACAAAGUGAAUUGGCGAGCCUGGGGAAGCUUUGUGGACUUUCCCAGUCAAAAAUCCAAAGCUGGUUCAGGCACAGAAGAAACCAGGACCGACCCACCAACACCAAGAAGUUCUGCGAGGCCUCUUGGCGCUUUGUCUUCUACCUCGCAGCGUUCGCAGCGGGGCUCGGUUCUUUGCUCCAUGCUCCAUGGUUUUGGGAUCCCAGAGAGUGUUGGCAGGGUUUUCCUAAGCAGGUUAUCACCAGUGCCCAUAGCUGGUAUUACACCUUUGAAAUGGGCUUCUAUCUCUCCCUGCUUCUCUGUGUCUCUGUGGACGUGAAACGAAAAGAUUUCAAGGAGCAGGUCAUUCAUCAUAUCGCCACCAUAUUUCUCAUCGGUUUCUCCUACUGCGCCAACUACGUGAGGGUCGGCACGCUUGUGAUGCUGGUGCACGACUCGUCUGACUUCCUGCUCGAGUCGGCCAAGAUGCUUCACUACGCUAAGUGGACAAAGACAUGUGACUCACUGUUCGUCGUCUUUUCUCUGGUCUUCCUGAUUACACGGCUGGUAGUGUUUCCUUGCAGAAUCAUCCACACAACAUUGGUGUUAACGCUUGACUUCUUCGAGCCCUUUUUUGGUUAUUACUUCUUCAACGCUCUCCUGUUAGUGCUGCAAGCUCUGCACAUCUUCUGGGCCUACCUUAUCGUGCGGAUGAUCUGCAAGUUUAAAUCCAAGGGAAAGGUUGAGCGGGACGAGCGCAGUGAUGAGGAGAGCGAGGCGGAAGAGGAACCUGAGGAAGAAGACGGGAGCAACUGGGAGCAGAGGAAGGGUGCCAUCAACUCCAAGCUGGCGUCGCUAGCGAACAACUGUGUGCUCAACAACCUGACCAACCAGAGGAAUCUCAACAGCAGAUUACCCAAAGCCAGAUAGAGUCCGGAGUUUGGCAUUAUGGACAAAUGUACCUUACAACGGUCCAUUGAUGAUUUCACAUCACCGUCAGCCUGCGUUUUGCUUUUCGUCCUUUGACAAAAAGAGGUAGCACAAAAAAAAAAAAAAGCACAAAUGAUUGUAAAUCUAAACACCCAGCGUCACAAGGAAACGCCAUCACUCGUCGUGUCACUGUUCAUUUUAUAUUUAUGAUGUUUUUUGUCAAUGUUUUAUACAUGAGAUAUUUUAAUUGAUCUGUUACAAUGGUGUUUCCCAACCUUUAUUGAGCCAAGGCUUUCCAUUUUUAUAGUACAAACAUCAUGCACACACCGCCAAAAGAAAUGCCACAAAAGGUCUGAAUACUGAAAUAUAAUCCCGUCUCAAUUGAUUUACUCUGUGUGAAAUCUGGGCCUGUUAAAUUGAACACAAAGUUGAUAAACUUGAAGGAAGCCAUGUUUUAAUCUGGCGUAUGGAUGGCAACAGGUUUAUCGUACUUUCUGGGAAAUUUGUUAUUUAACUGCUCCAGCAACUUUUUUGUUCAUAUGCAGCUACAUUAAGGAGAAAAACUAUUCUUCCAGUAAUGCAACUUUUUUUUUUCAGGGUGACCUAAGAACAGCAUGUGGCACGGUAUAAACUUUUUUUUUGUGACAGCAAGUGAUCGGGUGACGCCCCAAAA